CCCAGCCUGCACUUGCAACAGCCCUGGCUCACCCACUGGGAGCCCAGGAUGUGGGCCUCAGCCAGGGCCCUGGCCUCUCUGCUGCUGGGACUGCUGCUCACGUCCGCCCCUGGGGCCCUGGGCGCCCGUCCCGGCCUGGUCGCCAGGAUCACAGCCAAGGGCCUGGAGUAUGUGGCCAAGGAGGGGCUGGUGGCCCUGCAGAGAGAGCUGCACGAAAUCACACUGCCUGACUUCGACGGGGACUUCAAAAUCAAGCAUGUUGGACGUGGGAACUAUGAGAUCCACAGCCUGGACAUCCGCAGCUGUGAGCUGCUGGCCUCUGCUUUGACACCCCUCCCGGGCCAGGGCCUGAGUCUGUCCAUCUCCAACUCCUCCAUCCAGGUCCACGGCAAGUGGAAGGCGCGCAAGUCAUUCCUGAGACUGCAGGGCUCCUUUGACCUGUGGGUCAAGGGCGUCACUAUCUCGGUCAACCUCGUCCUGGGCAGUGAGCCCUCGGGCAGGCCCACGGUCACUGCCUCCACCUGUAGCAGCCACAUCCAUGACGUGGAGGUGGACAUGUCAGGAGCUUUGGGGUGGCUGGUGAAUCUCUUCCAUGACGAGAUCGAGUCCAAACUCCAAAGGACACUGGAGAGCAAGAUUUGCGAAGCUGUCCAGGAAUCGGUGACCUCUGACCUACAGCCUUAUCUCCAAACUCUUCCAGUCACAACAGAGAUUGACAGUUUCGCUGGCAUUGAUUACAGCCUAAUGGAGCCCCCUCAGGCAACAGCCCAAAUGCUGGACGUGAUGUUGAAGGCCGAAAUUUUUAACCGUGAUCAUCGCUCCCCAGUCGCCUUCCUUGCUCCUGUCAUGAGCCUCCCCGAGGAACACAGUCGAAUGGUCUACUUUGCCAUCUCUGAUUAUGUCUUCAACACAGCCAGCCAAGUAUAUUACGAGGCAGGGUACCUGAACUUCUCCAUCACCGAUGAUGUGGUUCCACCGACCUCUAACCUCCGACUGACCACCAAGUCCUUCCGCCCCUUCGUCCCCCGGUUAGCCAAACGCUACCCCGACAUGAACUUGGAGCUCCAGGGAAGAGUGGCCUCAGCCCCUGUGCUGAACUUCAGCCCUGGGAAUCUGUCCUUGGCCCCCCAGAUAGAGAUCGAGGCCUUUGUGCUCCUGCCCGGCUCUGUCAAGGAGCCAGUCUUUCAGCUUGGCGUGGCUGCUAAUGUAUCUGCCAUGUUGACCUUCAACGCCAGCAAGAUCACUGGGUUCCUGAAGCCAGAAAAGAUACAAGUGGAACUGAAAGAAUCUAAAGUUGGAGUAUUCAAUGUGGAGCUGCUAGAAGCGCUGCUCAACUACUACCUUAUCAACACCCUCUACCGGGAGGUCAAUGAGAAAUUGGCGAAAGGCUUCCGCCUUCCUCUGCUAAAGCAUAUUCAGCUCUAUGACCCUGUUCUCCAGAUCCACAAGGACUUCCUGUUCCUGGGCACCAAUAUCCAGUACCUGAGAGCUUGAAGGCAAGGAGGAGGAUGGGGCUCGGAGGCCACAGCUGGGUCAGCAGGUUGCAGCCGCUCCAGAUUCGCAGGACACUCCUGCAAGAGAUUCUGGGAGGAUGAAGACUCUUCUGUUCUGCGCUCUGGGGCCGAGGUCUGCCUGGCCUCUGCCCCCACACUCCUCCUCUUCGGGAGCUGCACCCAUGCCCUCUCUGACUCUGAACUUGACUCUCUCCGCCGGGAUGGACCAUCCUCCUCACAGACCUGUAUGAUCUCUAAGGGCAGGCGCUGUCUUUUUAUUCACCUUCUGAUCCCAUGCCUUGCACAGUGCUGGCACGUAGUAGGUCCUCAAUAAAUAUUUAUUGAAUGAUUCA